AGGGUCCAAGAUUCCAAGAGAAAAGCAUUCUCCCUUUUCUCCCUUCUCUGACCACAUGGGUAAAAACCUAGGGUGGCUUUUCAGUCCCAGUAUUCACAAACAGGUAGGGUAUGUAAAAUGGAAACACCUUAGGAAUACUGUCAGUGAGAAAAGCAGGCAGGCCUGACUCGAGUGGGUUUGGGGUUCAUUUCUGGUUUUUGGCUGCCACGGAUAAUCCAUCCAGUUGACCUGCUUUGGUCACCUCAUUAAUGGGUAUCUGCCUCAUUGGGGUAGAGGGGACUGUGCUAGUCUUUGUGAUAAUUGCCUGGUGAUAGCAAAUAACCAUGAUGAGGUGUGAGGAGAGCAGAGACUGUAGGAGCAACUGUGCAAGAGCUGUGUGGCUGCUGGGAGGUGCUCUGAGAAACACAGGAAGUGAGAUGAGGCGUCACCAGCAGCCCACAAAGAUCUUCCUGGCUGUCCUAGACAGGGCCAAGCAGCAAACUCUCGGUGGCCUUGGACUCCCUUCCCUGCUUCACAGGAUGAGGCCACCGGUGCCUUCAGCCCCACUAGUUCUCUGGGUCAUGGGCUGCUUCUCCCUGCUCCUUUGGCUCUGGGCACUGUGCACAGCCUGCCACAGGAAAAGAGCUCAGAGGCAGCAAACUGGGCUGCAGGGCAGUUUGACACCAGUGGAAAUGCCACUGCUGAGACAGACCCAUCUCUGCUCCCUCAGCAAGUCUGACACCAGGCUGCAUGAGCUGCACCGAGACCCACGGUCCAGCAUAGCUCCACGGCCUGCUAGCAUGGAUCUCCUGCAUCCACGAUGGCUAGAGAUGCCCAGGGGCAGCACAAAGUCUCAGGUACCCAACUCUGCCUUCCCACCACGGCAACUGCCCAGGGCCCCUCCUGCUGCCCCUGCAACAGAACCUUCUACUAGCCCUGAGGCCACUUACUCCAAUGUGGGGCUGGCUGCAAUUCCCAGGGCCAGCCUGGCUGCUAGCCCUGUGGUGUGGGCUGGAACGCAGCUAACCUUUAGCUGCGCCAGGCUUGGUCCUAGGGCCGAGUAUGCCUGCAUCCAGAAGCACAAAGGGACAGAGCAGGGCUGCCAAGAAUUGCAGCAGAAGGCUAAGGUGAUCCCAGCUACUCAGAUGGACGUCUUGUACUCUAGGGUCUACAAGCCUAAAAGAAGAGACCCAAGACCUGUCACAGACCAGCUGAACCUCCAGGAUGGGAGGACAAUUCUGGCCCUUGGGAGUGAUGUGGAAUAUGAGGCUAUCAAUCUCAGGGGCCAGGAUAUGAAGCAAGGGCCCUUAGAAAAUGUCUAUGAAAGCAUCAAGGAGAUGGGCCCCUGAGCAGCUGAGCCCUUACAUCCUGUAUGCUUCUGCUUCAGGAUGGUUUGAUUGCAGAUCCUUUUGUGUCUUUCCACCUCCACAGCUGACAGCACAAAUCUCAGGUCCAGUCCUUGUGGCCUAAUUAAAUAUCUGUUUAACAAG